AUACAACUGGACGAUAUCAAAAUUGAAUAUCAUCCCAACAGCGGCCGGAAACCUGUGAUUGUACAUUUCGAUGACUUCGGAAGGAGCGAGGAUGUAAACAAAGGAUCGAUUCCACCAAAUCGCACACCAUGGCAUCCAUGGAGGAGCCGUAUGGAUUUUGAAGUUGCUUCAUUAGCGCUUGACUGCCACAUGAAUAAACAAAAAACCGACCAACUUAUCAAUUUGAUCUAUCGCGCUGCCCGUGGUCUUGACGCUUUUACAUUAAAAGAUCACCAAGAAAUCCAGAAUACUUGGGACUUAGCAGCUGAACGAUUAACAAAGUUUCGAAAGACAGAAGUUGUAGUCCGCUAUCGUGAUCUAGAGCCAGAAUCAUAUGAGCUGUAUUACCGACCUGUUUGGGACUGGUUGCAAGAGUUAUUACUUAAUCGCGAUAUUGUAUCCAAGAUGGAAUGGGAUGCUCGUAGACUCUUCAAAUUUGAUGGUGGAUCUCAGACAUGGAAACGUUUCAUUGAGGAAGCAUGGUCAGCAAAUUCAUGGUGGUCAUUUCAGAGUAAACUUCCAGCCGGAGCGGUACCACUUUGUGUUGUGUUUUACGCUGAUAAGAGCAAACUAUCAUCGUUUGGUACUGCAAAAGGUUAUCCUGUCAUUGUUCGAUGCGCAAAUUUACCCAUGGAUAUCCGGAAUGGCUCUGGUAUUGCUGGAGGUAGGGUCGUAGGGUGGUUACCAAUUGUUUCUGAAGAUGCUGCACAUAGUGGUAAGGCCGAUUUUGUCAAUUUCAAAAACGUUGUAUGGCAUGAAUCGGCCGCGAAGAUAUUCGAGUCCAUAGCAGAGUAUUGUCGAACUGGGUAUACAAUGGUUUGUGGUGAUGGAGUUCGUCGGUGGAUGUAUCCUAUUGUCCUCAUCAAGUCAGCCGAUUAUGAAGAGCAAUGUGUUAUCUGUCUUACUCGGGGGUUAAAAAGCUUGCACCCAUGCGUAAGAUGCCCAAUUCCACAUGACCAAUUAUUAGACUUUGACAAUAAAUACCUUGAACGAACUGCGAAGGACACUAUCGAAAUACUCAAUAAUGCUAGACAGAAGGCAUUAAUCUCAAAAGCAGAUGAAGAGGCAGAGCUUAAAAAGUAUAGUCUGCGACCAUGCUUUAAUUCCUUCUUCAAGCUCGCCCAUAGUGAUCCGUUUGCAGGCGUUUCCUUCGACGAUCUCCACUUCCAAGACAGUGGGGUUUGGGGCGAUCAUAUAUUUGAACAUGCAAAGAUCCAAAUUGAUAAUCGGAGUGCAGUAACCAAAAUUGAUAAUCGGUUUAAAGAAUUUCCUCGCUGGUCCAAACUCAACCAUUUCGACACUGGUGUUAUGAAGCUAUCAUUUAAUGAUGGUAGUAAACACUACGAUAUAUCAAGGCUCUUUUUAUUUGCUGCCCAUGAUGUUAUACCAGAAAAGGAGAACAAAGCUGCCUAUACGCUUCUCAAAGUCAUGCGGAAGUACAUCAACAUGAUCAUGUAUUCGGGACUGAACGUACAGACUUCUGAUACAAUAGCACUUGGCCAUGGUGCUAUCAAGAAUUUUGUGUACAUAUCGCUCUCACCUGAUGUGAAUAAAACAUUCAAUGUCAUCAAGGUACAUUACCACCAGCAUCUCUAUGAUGACAUUGAGAACAAAGGUGUUUUACGUGGAAUGAGUACCAAACCAAAUGAGAAGUUUCAUGGCCCUUUACGCAAAAUUUACCUUCGACAAACAAAUUUCAAGGACACAGCAAAACAGAUUGUACGGUUUGAGCAUCAGAGCGUUGUUGCCACCCUCAUACAGGAUGAAAUCCAAAUACUGGAUAGAUAUGAGCAUGGCGAUCCAGAGCUCCCAUCAGAUCUGGAGACACCAAUCGACAAUGUCCACUUCACAUUAGGCUCAAAAUUGAAGCCCGUUUCCUUUGCUCAACUUGAGGGUGAAGAUCUUAUAUUUGCACGAAUACAUAUCCGCUUGGCAGAGUUCAUGUCAACCUUACUCACAACUGCAACCAACAUUGUUCGCGUCACAUAUACAGCUCAUGAUACUGUUAUUCCAUAUCAAUUCUUGAAAAUCCGUUAUGAGUCUUUAGAGACCUGGCAGCUUGCAGUUGACAUCCUGCGUUGUAAUCCCAGCUUUCAUGGCCAUCCUCGAUACGACUACAUCAUCUUUCGUGGAAUUCUGGGGCCAGUCUUUGCCCGGCUGCAUUAUUUACUCCUUUGUAAUGCCUGCAACAGCCAAUACCCGAUAGCACUUGUGCAAGCUUACAAGAUUGUUAAUACCCGGUCACGUAUAGACAAAGAUCUUGGACUUCUUCGCAUUCGCAAGGAGCAUAACCUAGAAUUUAUUUCAGUGCGGUCAAUUGUCCGGGGAGCAGUUGUACUACCAAUAUCAUCUGAAACUGAUGAUAAGUUUGUUUGGGAUCCUCUGGAUGGAGACAUGUUUCUUCGAGUAAAAAAAUACUUUCCUGGGUUUACAGAUGGUAGGUAG